UAAUUCAACGAGACACCAACACCAAGCGGCGGCGCGGCGACCGGCGAGGCGACGAGCCGAGCAAGUGCGCCAGGGAGCAAGCCGCGAGGCAAUGGAGCGUAGCCUCGCAGGCAAGGAUGAGGCGGAGGAGCGGCUAAGGUCUGACGAGGAGGAGGAGGAAGAAGAAGAGGAAGGAGAGGAGGGGUGGGAUGACUGGUGCUCCGACGGCGACGAUGCUGGCGGCUGGCUGCUAUGCUUGUUCUGCAGCACGCGGUUCGAUGCCGAUAGCUCCCUCUUGGAGCACUGCGCCGCUGAGCACCGCUUCGACUUCCACAGGAUUGUGAAGGAGCUGGGGCUGGAUUUCUACGGGUGCAUCAAGCUCAUCAACUUCGUCCGCUCCAAGGUUGCAGAGAAUAAAUGCUGGAGCUGUGGCCAAGCAUUCUCGUCCAACAUCGAACUCUGCAGCCACUUACACGCACUGGAGAAUUACCGAAUUGAGGGAAAGGUUCCAUGGAAGGACGAUGUGUACUUGAAACCUUUCAUGGAGGACGACUCCCUUUUGCACAGUUUGUCCAUGGAUGACGAGGAGGAUGAGGAAUGUGGAACAUCCGUAGAAAGAGGACAGUGUUCAGCAGGGGAUGGGGUUUUAGCUGAACCACUGGGGAACAAGCUGAGCACCUUACCGGAAGGAAAUGGUUCUGAUAUCAGUGCUCGAUUUGAGCAAGAGUGUACUAUUGGGAGUAGACAAGGGGAGGACAGGGUGUCUCUUGCUCAUGAGACUAACGAUAGCCAACUAAAGGUUGCACGCGCUAGUGUUAAUGCCAAGGCAAUCAAAACUGUGGAUGAUAACUACUUUGGAUCUUACAGUUCAUUUGGUAUUCACAGAGAGAUGCUCGGUGAUAAGGUGAGAACAGAUGCUUACAGAGAUGCUAUUUUAGGCAAUCCUAGCCUUUUAAGUGGAGCAGCUGUACUGGAUGUUGGUUGUGGCACAGGAAUUCUAAGUCUUUUUGCAGCCAAGGCUGGUGCAUCUAGAGUUGUUGCUGUUGAUGGGAGUGCAAAGAUGGCUUCUGUGGCUACCCAAGUUGCAAAGAAUAAUGGUCUGUUGCAUGAUGAAAAUGUGAAAACAGAACAAAAGCAAGGUGCUCAAGUGAUAAACGUUGUGCAUACCAAGGCUGAAGAGCUAAUUCAGAAAAUUCUAGUUCCACAAAAUGGUUUUGAUGUGUUAGUCAGUGAAUGGAUGGGAUAUUGCCUGUUGUAUGAAUCCAUGCUGAGUUCAGUCCUAUAUGCACGUGAUCAUUUCCUAAAACCUGGUGGUGCUAUUCUCCCAGAUACUGCAACGAUUCUUGGUGCUGGUUUUGGGAAAGGUGGAACUAGCUUGCCAUUUUGGGAAAAUGUAUAUGGCUUUGAUAUGUCAUGCAUUGGCAAAGAAGUAACUUCAACUUCAGCUCGAUUUCCUGUAGUUGAUGUAGUGGCUUCUCAGGAUAUUGUCACAGAGACUGCUGUACUCCAUUCCUUUGAUCUAGCAACUAUGAAGGAAAGUGAGAUGGAUUUUACUGCAAGCUUUGAGCUGAGGCUCAGUGAGAGUGGUACUGUUGUACCUGGAGUAACCUGGUGUUACGGCAUUGUCUUGUGGUUCGACACAGGGUUUACCGACAGAUUCUGCAAGGAGAAGCCUGUUGUCCUCUCUACCUCUCCCUUCUCUACGCCAACUCACUGGUCACAGACAAUCUUCACCUUUGAAGAGCCCAUCGCAAUGGUGAAGGAGGAAUCAACCCUUGGUUCAUCUGCAUCGGUCGGCACAGAUGGGUGCCCAGCCACAAUGCUCAAAUCCCGGAUAAGCAUUGUGAGGGCAUCUGAGCACCGUAGCAUAGACAUAUCAGUUGAAACCACAGCAUUCAGCUCAGAUGGCAGGAAGCGCAGCUGGCCUAUUCAGAUAUUCAAUCUGUGACCUAUCACGUGCCUCUUUUGGGUUAAGUUUGCCUCUUCUCUACAAUCUUAUGCCAUCUACAGCAACUGUUAUAAGCUUUCAAUUGGUUGGCCAAGUUUUGCAUGCUGAACAGAGCACUUUGCUCAAUUGGAGCUUGUUAGAUUGAUGAUUGUUAGAGAAGGAUCAGACUGAUAGGUCUUCUGGAACGGUUAGGGUGAAAAAAAAAUUAGAUUCAGCACUGGUUGGCCCCAAAUUCAUUUGAAUGAUGUUGAUGGGUUGAAAGCAAACAAGAUGUAUUUGUAAUAUUGAUCAAACGUAUUGUGCAUCAAGAAGAACAGAUGAUUUAGGAUACCAGUUCAUUUAAAUACUGUAUGAUGUUCACAUGAUUUUAGCACUGGCGGUCUGUUUCAUUA